UGAAAUUGCUUUACCUUUAACUUAUAUCCGGUCAGUAUAAAUACACGAGUGCGCUGGUCAAAAUUAUCAGUCGACCGUCUGCGGUUUGAAGUGAUCUAUUCGUCAGAAAAAACACAGACCACGUUCACAAUGAAAUCGAUGGUGGUGUUAUUCGCUGUGUGCGCCGUGGCGUGCGGCUCCCUGGUGCCGCUGGCGCAGCCUCCUCAUCACCCCGCCGUCGUGCUGGACCCGCACGGCCGCCCGCUCGACACCGCCGAGGUGAUCAACGCCCGCGCCCUCCACCUGCAGGCUAAGGCCCUGGAUGGACACUACGCUCCCCUCGCGCACGCUGCCGUCGUGCCUGUUGCCCACUCCGUGGUAGCCGCUCCCGCUGUGGUCGCCGCUCCCGCCGCCGUGUCCCACCAGUCCCGUGUGGAUGUGCGCACCAGCCCCGCCAUCGUGAGCCACGCCGUCGCUGCUCCCGUAGUAGCCCACGGUGUCUACUCCGCUCCCCUGCUGGCCCACUCCGCUCUCGGCUACGCCGGUCACGGACACUACCUGAAGAAGCGCUCCCUGGGACACCUCGCCUACGCCGCUCCCGUCGUCGCCCACGUAGCUCCCUCCGCGGUGUCGCACCAGUCCCGCGUGGACGUCGUCUCCAGCCCCGCUGUGGUGUCUCACGCCGUCGCUCCCGUAGUGUCCCACGCCUACGCCGCCCCCGUGGUGGCUCACGCUGCCCCCGUUGUCGCCGUAGCCCCCGCUGCCGUGUCCCACCAGUCCCGUGUUGAUGUGCGCACCAGCCCCGCUGUUGUGUCUCACGCUGUCGCUCCCCUCGUCGCCGCCGCUCCCGUCUACGCCUCCGCCUACGGCGCUCACGGAUACGCUGCGUACGGUGCUAACGCACAUGGACUCCUCCACUCUGCUCCCCUUGUCCACGGCCACGCCUGGUAAACAGCGAAACUGACGAACACCUAAGAUUAUCACCUAAGAUGAUGUAAAAAUAAUAAAAAAAAUAUUUAUAAAAUAAACAUUAUAAACAAUA